CUUACUAUAUCAUACAUUUGUCACCCACAAAAUGGCCUCACUUCAUACCCGAAAGCCUCACGCUGUGUGUGUACCAUACCCAGCACAGGGACACAUAAGCCCCUUGAUGCAAUUAGCCAAACUCCUUCAUUGCCAGGGUUUCCACGUAACCUUUGUGAACACUGAGUUCAACCACAACCGUUUUGUUAAGUCCCAUGGAGCACACUUUGUAAAGGGUCUCCCAGAUUUCACAUUUGAGACCAUACCCGAUGGUCUGCCACCUUCAGACAAGGAUGCAACGCAGAAUCUUCCUCAACUCAAUCUUUCACUUAGGAAAAACUGUUAUGCUCCAUUCAAAGACUUGGUGAUGAAGCUCAACUCUUCACAUCAUGUGCCUCCGAUUAGUUGCAUAAUUGCUGAUGGGCUCAUGGGCUUUGCUGCAAAAGUUGCAAGGGAUUUGGGCAUACCAGAUGUUCAAUUCUGGACAGCAUCAGCUUGUGGCUUAGUGGGGUAUUUGCAAUUUGAUGAACUCGUGAAAAGAGGCAUUAUUCCAUUCAAAGAUGAUAAUUUUGAGAAUGAUGGAACCUUGGAGAAAAGUUUAAAAUGGAUCUCAGGACCGGAAGAUAUAAGACUAAAAGACAUUCCAAGCUUUAUUAGAGUCACUACUCUAGAUGAUAUUUUGUUUGAUUUCUUGAAUGUUGAAACAAAAAAUUGCUUAAGAUCAUCUUCAAUCAUUAUUAACACAUUUGAAGACUUGGAGGAAAAAGCCCUAGAAUAUCUUAAGGCCAAAAACCCAAACAUAUACAACUUUGGUCCACUUCACUUGCUUAGUAGGCCUUUUCCAGAGAAAGAAAAUGGUUUCAUGUCAAGUGGGUCAAGUUUAUGGAAAAAUGACUCACAGUGCUUAUCAUGGUUAGACAAAUGGGAACCAAACUCAGUCAUAUAUGUUAACUAUGGAAGUAUAACAGUAAUGACAGAGCAUCACCUGAAAGAGUUUGCAUGGGGACUUGCAAAUAGCAAGCUACCUUUCUUAUGGAUAACUAGGCCAGAUUUAGUGAUGGGUGGAUCUGUAGUUUUGCCACAAGAGUUUUUUGAUGAGAUCAAAGAUAGGGGAUUCAUAACACAUUGGUGCAUUCAAGAGCAAGUGCUUUCUCAUCCAUCUGUUGGGGUUUUUCUAACCCAUUGUGGCUGGAAUUCUACUCUUGAAAGCAUAUCUGCUGGUGUGCCUAUGAUUUGUUGGCCUUUUUUCGCCGAACAACUCACAAAUUGUAGGUAUAUAUGCACAAGUUGGGGCAUAGGGAUGGAAAUUAAUCACGAUGUAAAGAGAGAAGAGGUAUCAAAGCUUGCCAAGGAAAUGAUGAAGGGAGAAAAAGGAAUGGAAAUGAGACAAAACUGCUUACAGUUGAAGAAAAAAGCAGCAAGAGCUAUACAAGUUGGAGGAUCAUCGUACAGUGAUUUGUAUAAGUUUGUAAAGGAUGUUCUUCACCACAGUACUGUUCUUUGAUCCAUGUUCAAGGAGUUUACUAUAAGAUUGAUUACUUAAAUAAAACUAUAUAGUGAGGUUUGAGAUAAACUUUUCUAUAUAGAAGCAAAGAAUAAGAAUUUGAUUUGAGUCUUAAUUAUGUAAUAUGGGUGUCGAGUAUCUGUUUUAUUUGGGGUUUAGGAAGGAGUUUAUUACUGCUUUUCCUAAAAGGCAAGCUCGUUUACUCUUUUCUUGUAUUAUGUUUAUUACUGUCUUAAUGUAUUCUUCAAUUGCUGAAAAAAGUAUUCUGGAGCAGGAAAUUUAAAUAAAA